GCCCUAUCUCACCACCCCCCUCCCCAGACUAGACCGAGCGAUUACUACUUAUCUCUCUGGGACCCCCUCCCCCUUCCUUCAUAAUGUCCGCUCCCCACGACUCCGCCGCCGUCCAAUCCAACUCGGUCAACACCACAACCCCCGCCAGCUCUCAGGUCGAGUCCACCAACAAUGGCCCCUCCCAAGGCGGACUCUCCACCUCCAGUGCCUCCACCGCCGCCGAACUCGCCAGUCUUAAAAGCACGCUGAAGUCGUCAUUGCGCCAAUUCCCAGACUUCCCCAAGCCGGGCAUCCUCUUCGAAGAUAUUAUGCCUUUGUUCGCGAACCCACAGCUACACGAGAGCUUGGUACGCGGACUGGAACUCGCCGUCGAACAGCACUUCAGCGCAUCCGGCAAGCCCGAUGUGAUUGUCGGACUGGAUGCGCGUGGAUUUUUGUUUGGGCCCAGUCUGGCGCUGAGAAUAGGUGCCAGUUUUGUGCCAGUGCGCAAGAAGGGAAAGCUGCCCGGUCCCUGCGAGACCGCGGAAUACGAGAAAGAGUAUGGAAGCGAUUUCUUUCAGAUGCAGACCGACGCCGUAAAGAGUGGCCAGAAGGUGCUCGUUGUUGACGACAUCAUUGCGACUGGCGGCUCUGCAGUUGCCGCGGGAUCCCUUGUUACAAAGCUCGGCGGAACAGUCGUUGGAUACCUCUUCCUUGACGAGGUCCCUUUCCUAAAGGGCCGUGAUAAGCUCAACGCGCCAGUAUACACACUCCUUGCAAACCCUGAGCAGUAGAGGGGCCAUUCCAGGUCCCGAGCUCAGCUCUCGAUUCUAAAUUCGAUUCUAGCACAUUGGAACCGAGGUGGUACAAAACACAUGACAGGCCAUAGACAGCAAGCAUCGCAUUUGGG